CAAACUCUCUCUGCCCUAUCUGCUCUCUCUGCUCUACUUUAUCUACUCCUUGAAAGUUCCCUUCUAUCUACUCUUACUGCUCUACUGUAUCGACAUCGCUUCUCUCCUACUGCUCAAUCUCCGCCAUGACCUCCACAGCUGCCGACGCAGAAACCAGCAAAGCACUGCGCUUCGCUACUGUAUGCGCCUCCAACAACAACCGCUCCAUGCAAGCCCAUAAAGUCCUGAAAGACGCCGGCUACAACGUCUGCUCCUAUGGCACAGGCAGUGCAGUGCGUCUACCCGGUCCAUCCAUCGACCGACCAAACAAUUACAACUUCGGUACACCGUACCAGCAGAUUUUUGAAGAGCUCAAGCAGCAAGAUACAAGGCUCUACCAAGCGAAUGGUCUCUUGGCUAUGAUUGAUCGUAAUCGACACAUCAAACGUGCACCUGAGCGAUGGCAGGAAGGGAAGGAGUUCUUUGAUGUUGUCUUUGCCUGUGAGGAACGCGUCUUUGAUGCCAUUUGUGAUGACUUGCUCUUACGCAGUAGCAAGCCCGGUGUGGCGACAGACAGGAUGGUGCACAUCUUCAAUGUCGACAUCAAGGAUAAUGCAGAAGAGGCCUUCAAGGGCGGUGCAGCGAUAUUGGAGCUGGCGAAUGAGUUUAGUGCAGCGGAGGAAGAGCUGGAUGAGGCGAUCCUGGAUAUUGUUGCUGCGUGGCAGGAGAGGCAUCCGCUGCUUCCAAUCCUGCACAGUGUGCAGUACUACUAGUCUAGUCUAUACUAGUCUAUACUCCAUACUAGUCUAGUCUAAUCUAU